GCGGCGGGGCCAUGGGGAACCUGUUCGGCCGCAAGCGGCGGAGCCGCGUCACGGAGCAGGACAAGGCCGUGCUGCAACUGAAACAGCAGCGGGAUAAACUGAAGCAGUAUCAGAAACGGAUAACUCUGAAUCUGGAAAGAGAGAGAUCUGUAGCCCGGCAGCUGCUGAGAGAUGGCAAGAAAGAAAAAGCCAAGUCAUUGCUAAAGAAGAAGCGCUACCAAGAGCAGCUGCUAGAUAAAACAGAAAACCAAAUCAGCAACCUGGAACGCAUGGUCCAGGAUAUUGAAUUCACCCAGAUUGAAAUGAAGGUGAUUGAAGGCCUGAAAAUUGGCAAUGAAUGUCUGAAUAAAAUGCAUGAGGUCAUGUCAGUAGAAGAAGUGGAAAGAAUAAUAGAUGAAACCCAAGAUGCUGUGGAAUAUCAAAAGCAAAUCGAUGAAAUGUUGGCUGGCAGCUUCACCGAAGAAGAUGAAGAUGCCAUUUUAGAAGAAUUAAAUGCCAUUACUCAGGAACAGCUCGAGCUCCCUGAAGUUCCCGCUGAGCCACUCCCGGAAAAGACCCCAGAAGCAUCACCUGUCAAGAUCAAGGCCAAGCCAGAACUGGUGGCAGCAUCUUAAUUCCACUCCUGGGGACAACCCCAAAGACUUCCAUCAUGGACCGUUUGGAAUCCCAGCAUGCUCUGGGAACAGGAAACACCUCCCUAGCAUCCCAGCUGCGCUGGGCGAAUGUGCUGGAGUGAGGUUUCCUGCGCAGGGCAGGGAAUCUCAGCAGAUUAUCGCUCUUGUAUCAAGAUUAUUUUCUAGUGCUUUCUUUUUGUAAUUUAAAUUCUAAACACACUCAGCUGCGCUGUCUCUGGAUUAAACAGUGACUUUAAAACUU